AUCCUCGUAGAUCUAAUAUUUUAGUUAUAUUUGCUAAAAAUAUGUUUCUAGAAGUGAUAAAAGUGUAACAUUGGUGGCCAUUACAAAACCUAAACUUUUAUAUCAGGACAAAUGUCCAUUAGAUGUUUCGGCGACGUUGUGGCUUAUCCAUAGAAAGUCAAUUUAAAUAGUUUAUUGUGCUUUUAUCUUGUGAUUAUUGGAAUCCUACGUGUACCGUGAAGUUCGCCAUUGAUUAUCUUUGUAGAAAAAUAAAAACUUCUGUUUCUUCCUAAAUUAAACCACAUAGAAAUUAUCAGCACGGAUCGACGUAGAGGAAGUGAUAUCAUUCAACAUUCUUGCCUUUCGCUAUCAACUCGCCGAAACAGCACACUGAUAGAAAACUUGUUUGCAGUUAACCAAAAAUGAUUUUGAGAUAAAUUGUGAAACAGUGCAUUGAUUCCAGUGUUGAAAGAACAAAAAAAUAGCAAUAAAUAAAAAAAUUAAGAUUUGUGUAAGUGCUGAAAGUGUGGUAUGGAGUGUUUUUGGUGCUUACAAGUGUAUUGGAUGUGUUGACAUGGGCUGCAUUGCCGUGGCCCUUGCUGCUGGGCUCUGGGAGUGAUUGGGUGUGUCGGGCUCAAGGCCUGCACCAACACCUAAUAUUAUGAAUAAACGUGACAGCACCAAGGACAAGGAACGUCAAAGCGACGAUAAAAGAACUUCAACCGCGACAGGUGCGGUCGGCGGGCGCGGCGUCGGGGGCAGCAGCGCGAUGCACACUUCAAGGCACUCGGUCACCUCGUCUUCGGGCGUCCUCAUGGUGGGGCCCAACUUCAGAGUCGGCAAGAAGAUAGGCUGCGGGAACUUCGGCGAACUCAGGCUUGGGAAAAAUCUCUACAACAACGAACAUGUAGCGAUUAAAAUGGAGCCCAUGAAGUCGAAGGCGCCGCAGUUGCACCUAGAAUACCGAUUUUACAAGUUACUAGGCACGCACGCGCCUUCGACCGCGGAGGGCAUCCCGGAGGUGUACUACUUCGGCCCUUGCGGUAAAUACAAUGCGUUGGUGAUGGAACUCCUGGGGCCCUCCCUGGAAGACCUCUUCGACUUGUGCGGCCGCCGGUUCUCUCUAAAGACUGUCUUAAUGAUUGCUAUGCAGUUGCUGCACCGCAUCGAGUAUGUCCACACGAGACAUCUAAUAUACCGGGAUGUUAAGCCUGAGAAUUUUUUAAUAGGUAGAACUGCAACCAAAAGAGAAAAAAUCAUUCACAUCAUUGAUUUUGGUUUGGCCAAAGAAUAUAUAGACUUAGAGACAAACAAGCACAUCCCUUACCGGGAGCAUAAAUCGCUCACUGGGACCGCGCGAUACAUGUCAAUAAACACACAUUUAGGAAAAGAACAAUCAAGACGCGACGACCUAGAGGCACUCGGCCAUAUGUUUAUGUAUUUUUUACGUGGUUCCUUACCCUGGCAGGGUUUAAAAGCUGAUACUCUCAAAGAAAGAUACCAAAAAAUUGGUGACACCAAGCGGGCAACACCGAUCGAGGUGUUGUGCGAGGGCCACCCCGAAGAAUUGGCGACGUACCUCCGCUACGUCCGCCGCCUGGACUUCUUCGAGACGCCCGACUACGACCAGCUGCGGCGGAUGUUCCGCGAGCUGUUCGAGCGCCGCGGGUACGUCGACGACGGCGAGUUCGACUGGACCGGCAAGACAAUGUCCACCCCUGUGGGAUCUAUACAGACGGGACACGAAAUCGUCGUCUCACCCAAUCGUGACAGACAUCAGCCCUUUCACAAGGGGGCUGUGAAAGAUUCCGGUACUGGUGGCACGGCUAAUACUGGCGGCAAUUGGCCACACAGUGGAAAAGCCACUCCCCUGACCACUGGCCACCUCACACCGGCGGAUAGACAUGGAUCCGUUCAGGUGGUAAGCUCGACCAAUGGCGAAUUAGGGGCGGACGACCCCACCGCUGGGCAAAGCAACACGCCCAUCACCCAGCAACAACACGAGGUCGAUGUAGUCGAUGACACCAAGUCAGUGUUCCAACUGCAAUCCGUUUAUUCCAGAUGCUGUUGUUUCUUCAAACGCAAAAAGAAGAAGUGCGCCGCCCGCGCGGGCAAGUGACGCGAGCGCUGCGCUUGACGUCACACACACACACUCACACACACACACACACACCCGCCCCCGCCACGCGCCACACACUGCCGCACGUUCCCCACUACUGUUCGCUCACCGCUGACGUCACAAUAUAAAUUACCCGCUAUCUAAAACUGCGUACACACCGGACUUACGAAUGAGAUUCUCCUCGUUGACAGGUCCAACUUGACUGUUUGGCGAACGCCGAACGCAUAACCAACCUUUGAUGGCCCGGUGUAUAUUCGGCUUAAGCGUUUAUAAACACCAAUGCGUUGCUGUGACUUGAGGAGAUUGCUAUGUACUUUAUGAAGCAAAAUUAUCUUUAAAUGUAUUUUAGUUGACCAUUUCACACAACGUGAAAUUGUGAACUGAAACACAAAAAUAAUUUACGAAGUCUUGUGAAACACAAGUUUAUAGAAAGGAUUAUUAAAAUCCGUGUUGAUAUGCAUAAUUCCUUAUAGUUUCCUAAAAUAAUAAGAGAGGAACGCGAUAAGGGUUAAAUCUUAUGUGUGACGUUUCAGUAUUACUUAUUGCUAAAAGAUUUUAGAAAACUCUUGAUCUUCGUUUUCUGUUAAAAAAAUUUAAAGUAAUGCAAUUCUCAUAAGAAUUGUGUAAGUUUUGACUCUGCAUUUGCAAUUUUAUUAAAAUAUUCUUUAGAUAGCUUCAUAUAUUUUAUAAAAUUUUACUUGUAAUGAAGUUAUUGUGAUAAAACUGUGUAUAAUAACACGGUGUGACGUCAGUGGCGAGUU